UUCAUGUAAAGUUGACGUACAAUGUCGUCAAUAAAGUUUUGAACAGAAAAAAAAGAGUGAUAAGAAUUGUAGCUAGCUCUCAAUAGCAGUUUCUCCAGAGAGGCAACAAAAUCAGUUAAAACAGCUAGUUAUAUAACAACCAAAUAUAUCAUACGUUUACCUGCCAACGCAACGUUAAGGACAGUGGAUUUUCUCACAGAGUUGCCCUUUGGAUCUUUCCACCCCCUCAGCACUGAAGAUGGAGGAGGACCACGUUCACUGUAUGUCUUGUUUUAAUCAGCGAUGCAUGGUCAGACCUCAGCCAGGCAUUUCUUGUGAUCUUAUCUCCUGUCCUCUGGUGUGUGGGGCUGUAUUUCACUCUUGCAAAGUUGUUGAGCACCAGCUUAUGUGCCCAUUGGCCAGGGUCCCCUGCCUAAACAGUGGAUAUGGCUGCCCCGUCAACCUAGUGCGCAACCAAAUGUAUGCACACCUCGAAGUGUGUCCAGCUGGAGUGGUGUGUUGCACCAUGGAGUGGAACAGAUGGCCCAUUAGCUGCCUUGACUAUACUUCCUAUGAGAGCCUGAGUCGUGGCGUGGAGGAGGUGGAGCAGCUGGACAUGGCCCUUGCCCUUCAGGACCAGCGUACACUACUGGAGUCCCUCAAGGUGAUUGCCAUGGCACCUACUACAGAGGGAGAGCCACUUGCGUCUGUUAGCAAGGAGAAUAGGGCAACACACUCAGGUUUACUUACAUCUGCACCGGGCGCCUCCACCUUUAUUGAGCCACCUUCACAGUCAUCAUCCUCAUGUCAGCCACAACCUCUCCCACCAGAUUCUGCUAAGGAGAAAAUUGUCAUUGGAAUUAAUGGUCUGAAGGAAGAGCACUUUACUAAACUGUAUGAGGCCACAGUUGAAACUGCAAGAAGCUUAGCCGCUGCUUUAGAAUUUGUUAGCGGUGCCAACUCUGUUGAUGGCAGCACAGACUAUGUGAACAGAGGAGCUGCCAUGCAGAGGAAUAGAUCUGUUAGCAAUGGAGACCUUCAGAAUGGCCUGGAAGACAAAACAUCUGAAGCUGCUGAAGGUUUGAAUAAAAGUGAGACGGAGGAGCAAAAUGUUUGUUCUAGUUGUUUGAGAGGAAAUGUGGCUUUGAAAGGAACAGAUCAAAAGAAUUUAAACACAACCAAUGGACCACUGUCAGACACAAGGGAGAUCGUUGUGGAGACAUCCUGUUCAGUUGUGGUGCAGGAUGACAUGAAUGCUGGGCUUUCUCCAGAGCCAGUCACCCCUCCAAUGGCAUCUCCAGUACAUGUCAGCCAGGGUGUGGCACACAGGGCUGGUCAUGUGGUCCUGGAAGAUAGGGGGAUAGUACUUUUAGAAAACUAUGGGCCUGAGCCUAAGUUCCACAACCACCAGUUUUUCAGGGGUCAGGGCCAAUGUCCAUUACCUAAUGGACGGAUUGGUUUCAUUUCAGACAGCUCACUGUAUAAAUUACAACCCAAAAUGGAGGACAAGUCAGUGGAUACCUCAGACCUGGAGCAGGAUGAAAGUCACAUGGGUCUGGGGGACAUUGAUCUGAUCACAGCAGCCCUGCUUUUCUGUUUAGAGGAGUCCAGAGAGUGCAGAAGAAUCUCUGAUACAGUCUAUGUUGAUGGCUACCAUGUUGACUUUGGGACACAAACUUUCACUUUCCCUGCAGCAAUCUUAGUAACCAACACGAGAGUUGGUGACAUGGCCUCUGCAUCUGCCUGUGACCAUGCUGCCCCCCAGCUCUCCUACCCCAGCCCUUUCCGCACUCUUCGCCUUGGUCUUGUCCUGGAAGCUCUGGAAGUUGACGCAGUCCCACAUAACCGCUACCUUCCCGCCAACCCCCGCUACCAGCAUAUGUUCCCCUUCGUCUGUGGUCAGUCAUUCCGCCGGGAUCAGUUUUCUUCCCAUUUUACAAAUGUCCACGGUGACAUUCAUGCUGGUCUCAAUGGUUGGAUGGAGCACCGCUGCCCCCUGGCAUAUUAUGGUUGCACAUUUUCCCAGCGCAGGUUUUACCCGUCCACCCAGGGAGCCAAAGUAGUUCAUGACAGGCACCUCAGGUCUUUUGGGGUUCAGCCUUGCCCAAAUGCAAAACUUCAAAAUGACUCCCAGUCUGACCAAUUAAGUGGGCUUCCUAUUGAGAUACUUUGGCACAUAGCUGGGUACCUGGACAGUUUUAGCCUGUGCCAGCUGUCAUUGGUGUCACGGACUAUGAGGGAGGUCUGUGCCAGUCUCCUCCAGACCAGGGGUAUAGUAGACCUGCAGUGGGAGCGAAGACAAUGUCCUGGUGCUCCGGGCACUGUGUCAUGGCAGAUCAAAAAUAGAGUGUGGAGAUUCAGCACUGCCUUCAGCCCAGUGUUGUCAUGGGGUUUCACUGAUCUCCCCAGCAUGUCAGACCAUCUCCAGAAAUGCCACUUCAAUAUAGUAGAGCACAAGACGGAGCCUGUACCCCUUCCAGCCAUGUGCACUGCACGAGAUGGACAUUCGCUGCGUCGCGUCCUGCGUCACAUUAACACCUGACCGAACAAAGCUGCACAGAUCACUGUGGAUUUAUGUGGAUGCUGACAUAAUAACAUUUAUUGUCUUGAAAGCAGUUAAAUCUUCCUGUAUUACACUAAAAUAUGAAGAAGCCUUAAUGAAAUAACAUCUUACAUGCAGUGAAGGUCUGUCAUUGUGAAUGGUGUGGAUGUGGAAAAAAAAAAUUAGCAUUUAGCGCGCAUGAAAUUGUUCAUUUUGUGCUGAACAUACACACAUAUUCUGGUAAGAUAACAUAUUUUCUUGCAGACAGAUAUGCACAAUAGAUUUCUAUUAUUCUAUAUGAUAUACUGAGAAAUGGAGUUUAAAUGUUUUCACUAUCUUGCCUUUCAGUAGAAUCUUGGAAAAAAAAAAAGAUUGUUGGUUAUAUUGCACUAUUUCUGUGUGACAGAGGUUAUGCCAGCACUUUACAUAAGAUUUGCUAAUCCCUCCUAUGUUGUUAUGUGACCCAACUUAACCUAGUCUUUCUGAUCACUGUAGAGGGUGUCAACCCAAUGCAAGUCUGUGGUCUGGGUUUGUAGGAUGUAUGAGUCAUCACAGGUGGAUAUUCUUGACGACAGCCCAGUAAUGCAUGUGAUUUGCUACCAUUUAAUAAAGUCUCUACAGCCUUUUA